AAAGUUAUUGGAUUUAAAUGGUCGCUUGACUUGAGUAGUACAUAUAAUAGUUGUACAUUUUGUGAACGUUCUUUGUAAACAAGAAAAAACCACGUGUUGAAACGAGAAAAUCGAAUAAUUCUUCAUCAAACUUUUUGUUGGCUGUACAUAAUAUAUAUUUUUGUAAACAAAGCCUACUGCUAAAUAUAAACAAAAGUAUUUAGAAAAGUGAAUAUAUAUAUAUUUAUAUAAAGUUUUGGAGAUUAUAAAAUAUAUUAUUUUAUAUAAAUAUGAAGGAAACUAUUCGUAAUAUUCCAAAAUCAAAUAAUGAAACAAUUGCAUAUUUGCGAUUAGUUAUUGAUAAUCCACAAACUGCAAUUGUACAACAACAAAUUAAUGGCAAUAUUGCUAAGAUGCUGAUUAUUUUACUCGAUGGUAAACAGAGGCUUAUUACAUUUGAUAUUCCAAUUCAUCAAUGUACUACUGUUCAAGAUCUAUUAGAAUUGGUAAAAGUUCUCAUAGGCACCGAGAAUAUGAUUUAUCUCGUAAACGAUCCAGUUCAAGGAAUAAAUUAUAUCGUUGAAGAACAACCACCGGCAAUGGAAUUAUCAAAUCUCAGUUUAAACUAAAAAAAAAAAAAAAAAAAAAAAAAAAUACUUAUUUAUUUAAUAAAAUAAAUAAUUUUUUUAUUUAAUAAUUAUUAUUAAUAAUAAUUAAUUAUUAAUUAAUAAUAGUAAUUAAUAAUUAAUAAUUACUAUUAUUAAUUAAUAAUUAAUUAUUAUUAUUAUUAUUAAGUAAUAAUUAUUAUAAUUAUUAAAUAAUUAAUUUUUUUUAAUUAAAUUACUAAAUUUAUUAAUUAAUUUAGUUAAUUAAUUAGUUGCUUUAUUUAUUAAAUAAUUUAUUUGCUAAUUAAAUUUUUCUUUACUGUUUUCUUUUUUUUUUUUUAGAAUAAGUUAAUAAUUAUAUUUUUAUAAUACAAAAAUAUUGUAUUUAAAAGAAUGCACUUUCUGUAAAAAAAAAAAAUAAAUUUUUUCAUUUCUCCA